UGUUCUCAGCUAAAAAUCACGGUAAUAGCAAGGCAACGAGUGUAAACAAAGUGGUCGGGUAAACAACAGCGUGGCAACCAACAUGCAGGCGUUACAAGCCCAACAGGUUUAAACAGCUAGGUAGCUAGCUAGUUCUUAUCGGGGUUCUGUUUUAAAAGGGUAUCCCGCAGAAAUGGCCACAGGAGGAUUCCAGGCACAGAGCACGCGACGGCGGGACCUCCCGCCUCUUCCACAGCGUGGACAGCGUGCCCUGCCCCCCAUGUCAAGUCAAGAUACGGGUGACGAGAUGCCGGUCCCUAAAAGCAAGAGGAAGAAGUCGAAGAGUCAGGUGGAUGGUGUUGAAAGCCCAGAGGCAGAACCAGGGAUGGAGAUGGCCCAGAUGGGGGGUCUGAGCAGUCGCAGGUCAUCUGAGGUCGUCCAGCCCCUGACCCCCGAGUCGCAGGAAGCUGCACCACAGAGAAGGAAGAGGAAGAAAAAGGCAGCGACUAUAGACCUGGAGGAAGACCAGGCUGACCUGGUGAACGGGGAUGGACUGGUCCAGAACACAGCCGAGGCAGGGGAAGAAGUGACCAAAAAACCCAAGAGGAAGAAGAAGUCGAAAGUGUCAGAGACGCAGUACGUCAACGAGCUUGAUGUAGAGGACGAUGACAUCAUCACAGACGCUCAGCCACCCAUCCCCCAGCAUUCCCUGUUCUCUGCUCCCAUGGGACAGAGCCAGCCAGUGGGGAAGGUGUUUGUAGAGAGGAGCAAGAGGUUUCAAGCUGCCGAUCGGUCAGACAGACCGAAGUCCAGCGAUCAGGUGGACAACUUCAUGGACAUCCAGCAGAUGUGGACCACCAAGGAUGUGUCUGUUAGGGUACAUGGUGGCUUCAGGGUGAUUGGGCUGUUCUGCCACGGCUUCCUAGCAGGCUAUGCAGUGUGGAACAUCAUAGUGAUCUAUGCCCUGGCAGGAAAACAUCUCACUACUCUGCCUAACCUACUGCAGCAGUACCACAGCCUGGCCUACCCUGCACAGUCUCUCUUCUACCUGCUACUGGCUAUAAGCACCGUGUCAGCCUUUGACAGGGUGAAUCUGGCCAAAGGCGCCAUGGCUAUGAGAGAGUUUGUCACCCUGGACCCAGUUGCUCUAGCCUCUUUCUUGUACUUCUCAGCUCUGGUCCUCUCUCUCAGCCAACAGAUGACCAGUGACCGCAUCAACCUCUACCCCAGCGCUAACGGGACCUUAUGGCCUCCUGGGUCAGAGCACCAGAUCCUGAACCCGUGGAUCAUAGUGAACCUGGUGGUGGCUGUGCUGGUGGGAACGGCCUGGAUCUUCAUCUCCACUAGGCCUGAGAUGGACUACACCGAAGUUAUCAGAGUUGAAGAGUUCCACGGCUCUGCGGGCCACCUGGUACAUGCGUCCGUAGGAGAUGGAGAAGGUCAAGAUGCAGACGAGGAGCACAGUGAUGAAAGUGACAUGGUCGAACCACUUCAUUGGUAG